GACCGCUCCACCUGCGCGCCUUCGCGCUCGCCGCCCAGCUCUGUCCGGUUCUGCGCCGGCGCGGGGCCCGCUAGGACGCGCGAGGGACUCGUGAAGCGCAUGCGCAGUGUGCGGCCCGCCGCUUUACUGUCGUUCGGCCACCGCCGUUGCCGCCUCCCUACCGGCAAGUGCCGAGGGUCGCCGCCCGCCGCCGCCGCCGCAACCAUGGGGCGAAAGUCGAGCAAGGCCAAGGAGAAGAAGCAGAAGCGGUUGGAGGAGCGAGCGGCUAUGGAUGCUGUCUGUGCCAAAGUGGAUGCUGCCAACAGGCUUGGAGACCCCCUGGAGUCAUUCCCAGUCUUUAAGAAAUACGACCGCAAUGGGUUGAAUGUCUCCAUUGAAUGUAAGCGAGUGUCUGGAUUGGAGCCAGCCACUGUGGAUUGGGCCUUUGACCUCACCAAAACCAAUAUGCAGACCAUGUAUGAGCAAAGUGAGUGGGGCUGGAAGGACCGAGAGAAACGGGAGGAAAUGACUGAUGACCGAGCCUGGUACCUCAUUGCUUGGGAAAACAGUUCCAUCCCAGUUGCCUUUUCUCACUUCCGGUUUGAUGUGGAGUGCGGGGAUGAAGUCCUGUACUGCUAUGAAGUUCAGUUGGAAAGCAAGGUACGGCGGAAAGGCCUAGGGAAGUUCCUCAUUCAGAUCCUGCAGCUCAUGGCCAACAGCACACAGAUGAAGAAGGUGAUGCUAACUGUAUUUAAACACAAUCAUGGCGCCUAUCAGUUCUUCCGAGAGGCACUACAGUUUGAAAUUGAUGACUCCUCCCCCAGCAUGUCUGGUUGCUGUGGGGAGGACUGCUCCUACGAGAUCCUGAGCCGAAGGACCAAGUUUGGGGAUAGUCAGCAUUCCCACACAGGCGGGCACUGUGGUGGCUGUUGCCACUGAACUCCCAGAGCCAUUUGCAAGUGAAGUCACUCUCCUUAGGCCUGUCCUCUUCCCUGGUCUUAAGCCACUUGCCAGGUACCCAGAGCUGUGGGUGCCUUAGCCCUGCAUGGGCCAGGCAUACCCUGAGAACACAGAGCCCUAGGGAGCAGUGAACCCAGCUGCCUUUCCACCCCUCCUGGAAAAGCAGAGUGCCGGGAGGGAACACAAGGAGAGCAGGCUGUGAGAAGGAUCCUUGUGCAGUGGCUGCCUCCUUGCUUAGCUCUUGGGCUCCUAAAAUGGAAGGUGGGCCCCUUGUCUGCAGCUGGAUUUCUGACAGGGCCCCACACCAUGCCCCAUAUGGACAAAUGGAAUGUUUAUACCCACCUUUGUGAAAACACCUGGAGUCUGCUGGUCCCCAGAAAGAUUGGAUGCAGAUAUGGGCACACAACAACCCUUGGACCAAGUGCUCUUUCGAAGACCAUGUAGAUUUUUGAUGCCAGGAUGCAGGGAUUUAUGCCGUGUUCUUGUAGAUCUACAGUGUGGAGUCUUGGGACCAGCCACCUUCAGGAGGGAGACUGUCUCCAUCACGGUCAGUAAGGCAGAGAAGACCGGGAGAGCCGACAGUCUCUUAUAUGUUUGCCGCAGGGAUGCAGCGUCUCUGGGCAUUUGGAUUUUGCUGCAUUUCUCAUGAUCUUGACUCAGCCUUUUUACUCAAGAAGGAAACCACAGUCCUGCCUGUUGUCACACCUCUCGCACUUCAGCUCAGAUACCUCUGUUCUUAGUCCCAAGGGGAAUAACGUCAGGGAGCCCCUCUUCUUUCCAGAAGGACCCCUCCUUCUUGGUAUAGUUGAUACCAUUUCAUCCUACUCUUGGUGCUGAUAGCUCUCUGCAAGUGGGUCAACCCGCUCCCCCUCCCUGCCUGAGGGGCCCCAGCCAGCAGCAGGCCCCUUUGCCUGUUCUCCCCAGCCCCAUCCCUCACUGCCUCCAUGAGGCACUUGAGCCACUCUCCUGGCCCCACUGGGAUACAUCAGGGAUGCCUUUCAGUGGCUCACCGCUGCUUUUCUGUCACUGGUGUCACCCUGCAGUGGCUGCCUUCAGAGGAUGAAGCGAGUGCAGCCUUAGAGCUUGAACUCAUCCUGACCUGGGCCAUGUUCUUCCAAGGAAGCAAAACCAAACCCUCACUUGCCACUUCUCCAUUGCCAUCCCUGAGUUCUGCCUUGAGGCAUGGCAAAGAACUUGCCUUUGUGUGGUUGCUUUCUGAGACUUCCUGACCUCAGUGUGCUCACCUCACCCCCUGCCUGACUCUGGCUGUCUGUCCUUGUAAGUCUCCCCGGAGCAGUCACCUCCCACUCAGAUCCUUGCUUGCAUGAUAGCCUGGACAUGAGGGUCCUUUCUUGUCAGGAUCUGUCCUCUGUGGAGCACCCUGUGCUAUCCUUAGCCCUGUUGGCUGUGCCUCGGAGAGGGUCUUGCAGCUUUACACUGGAAUAGGUCUACCUAUGCCUGGCCUACUAGCUAUAGCUCACCAGGCUAUACCCCUGGUGAGAGUUGAAGCUGCCCAGAAGGGAUUGGUAGACUCCUUCCAAGAAUCAUGAAACAGGAACAUGCUUGGAAGAGUUACUCCCUGAUCCUUGUCUGUCUUAGAUCAUGAAUUUCUGAUACCUCCCUCUUAGGGGACCAAAAGGAACCCCAAGCAUAACCCCAUGUGAGGUGAAUUGAGUGUCUUGUCUCCAGUCACUGGACACCUGGCACCAGGGCUGUCAUGGUGCUCAGUGCCUGCCCUGCUCACCCUCUGCAGGCCACAUCCCCAAGGGCCCUUCAGGACCUCUCACCGGACCAGAGGGAUGGUGGCCAAGACCAUCUCCUGUGGGUGUUGAGCCCAAUGGUUUAUCAGGCAUACAUCAUCUUCCAUCCUCAUGAUUUUAAGAAACAAGGUCUAGCCGCCUAUACCAGGCUCUUUUGUUUUUUGUUCAGGAUGUGUUAAAAUGUUUUUAAAGGUUUUUGUUGUUGUUGUUUUAGUGAACUUAAUCCCAUUUCAGGUUAUUUUUGUUGUUGUUAAAUGUGUAUGGUUCUUUUUUAAACUUUCAGGGUGGGGUUGCUCUUUUUUUUUUUUUU